CCUGCUGAAAAUGACUGAAUAUAAACUUGUGGUAGUUGGAGCUGGUGGCGUAGGCAAGAGUGCCUUGACGAUACAGCUGAUCCAGAAUCACUUUGUGGAUGAAUAUGAUCCUACGAUAGAGGACUCCUACAGGAAACAAGUAGUAAUUGAUGGAGAAACCUGUCUCUUGGACAUUCUCGACACAGCUGGUCAAGAGGAGUACAGUGCAAUGAGGGACCAGUACAUGAGAACUGGGGAGGGCUUUCUUUGUGUGUUUGCCAUAAAUAAUACUAAAUCAUUUGAAGAUAUUCACCAUUAUAGAGAACAAAUAAAGAGAGUUAAAGACUCUGAAGAUGUCCCUAUGGUCUUAGUAGGAAAUAAAUGUGAUUUGCCUUCUAGAACAGUAGACACAAAACAGGCUCAGGACUUAGCAAGAAGUUACGGUAUCCCUUUUAUUGAAACAUCAGCAAAAACAAGACAGGGUGUCGAUGAUGCCUUCUAUACAUUAGUUCGAGAAAUUCGAAAACAUAAAGAAAAGAUGAGCAAAGAUGGUAAAAAGAAGAAAAAGAAGUCAAAGACAAAGUGUAUAAUUAUGUAAAUACAAUUUGUACUUUUUUCUUAAGGCAUACUUAAGUAAAAGUGGUAAUUUUUGUACAUUACACUAAAUUAUUAGCAUUUGUUUUAGCAUUACCUAAUUUUCUUUCUGCUCCAUCCCAACUGUUAGCUUUUAUCUUGAAUGCUUAUUUUAAAAUGACAGUGGAAAAUACCCUCUAAGUGCCAGUAUUCCCUGAGUUUUGGUUUUGAACUAGCAAUGCCUGUGAAGAAGAAACUGAAUACCUGAGAUUUUUGUCUUGGGGUUUUUGGUGCAUGCAGUUGAUUACUUCCUAUUAUUCUUACAAAUUGUGAACUUUGGUGUGAAACAAAUUAAUGAAACUUUCAA